AUGUCAUCAUCCACUAAUUCUUCAAAUCAUUCUUCCUCAAAUUCUUCAUCAGACGAAGAAAUUCAUGUCGAUCCUGCACAACUUCCUCCUCUUCCCGACCCUACUCUACAUCCUGAUUUAUUUUUUAUGAGAUGUGCUGUGAAUUUCAUGCAAGUGGCGAGUUCUUAUCGUUUCGAGCCUCCUCUGCUACCGAAGAAGAAGCGGAGAGUUGUUUUCCGUGAUUGUGAAGGUGGAGCCGAGCGCCUCCAUCGUGAUUAUUUUGCUCGUUGUCCCGUUUAUGGGCCACAAUUCUUCCGACGUCAUUUUCGCAUGAGCCGGUCUUUAUUUCUACGCAUUGUGAAUGCGCUAGAAGUCGAUCCUUACUUUCAACAACGUCCCGAUGCUUGUGGCCGCUUCGGCUUCUCUUCGAUCCAGAAGUGCACGGCCGUAAUUCGACAAUUGGCGUACGACACUACUGCAGAUUGUUGCGAUGAAUACCUCCAUAUAGGAGAGACGACGGCGUUGACGUGCCUGAAGAAAUUUUGUAAAGUCGUUAUUCAUAUUUUUAGCGGCACUUAUUUGAGGAGGCCAACAACUGCCGAUGUUCAACGACUCACUGCAAUGCACGAAGCCAAACUUGGAUUCCCGGGAAUGUUGGGGAGCCUAGACUGCAUGCAUUGGGGAUGGAAGAAUUGCCUCGUGGCUUGGCACGGCGCGUACACUCGAGGGGAUCAAGGCGAGCCAACAAUUAUACUAGAGGUCGUUGCUUCACAAGAUUUGUGGAUCUGGCACGCCUUUUUAGGAGUCGCUGGCUCAAACAACGACAUCAACGAACUCCACCAGUCCACGCUGUUCAAUGACGUUUUAUCGAGCACUGAAGCGGCGGUGCACUUCGCCGCCAACAAUGCUCACCACACUAGAGGCUACUACUUAACUGACGGCAUCUAUCCUGAUUGGCCGGUGUUCGUCAAAAGCUUCCAGUUUCCAAACGAUGAGAAGAAGCGGAGGUUUAAGUUGAUGCAAGAAGCUGUAAGGAAGGAUGUGGAACGAGCUUUCGGUGUUCUUCAGGCUCGUUGGGGUAUUAUCAAAGGUUUGUCUCGUCUAUGGAAGCUGGAGCACAUGAGCGUUAUCAUGUUUACGUGCAUCAUAUUGCACAACAUGAUAAUCGAGGAUGAAGGAGAAAUCGGUGCAACUUUUGAUGGAGACGGCAGUGAGGGAUCACGUUCCCUUCCUCAGACACAGUUCAAUUCCGAAGCACCACCAGAAUUCGCCGCCUAUAUGGCCCGGAGUGCAAGCUUGAAGGAUAGUCGACUGCACGCUCGUCUCUGCGAUAAUUUAGUCGAUCAUAUAUGGGCACACUUUGGUCCCAUCGACCAAUAG